GAUAUGGGGACGAAACCUUUUUAUAUUUACCAUCACAAUUUCCAGUUUUCUUCAUUAAUUUUAAAUGAAAGGUUUCGGGAACUCAACGAUUAUCAUUCCUAUUUCUCUUUGUUUUAUUUUCCUCAUAUUCAUUUAUCAUUUUGAAGACGUGCUUGCGGCUCCUCCUACUACUAGGCAUUUUUUGUGUAGUCCCGAACAAAGGGAUGCACUUCUCGCUUUCAAAAACGAGUUAAAGAUUGGGCAGCUUCAGCAAAAUUGUAUGCAUGAUAGCUUUAAAUCUCAUCCGAGGACGGAGUCAUGGGGGAAUAACAGCGACUGCUGUAGUUGGAAGGGUAUCAAGUGCAAUGCAAAGUCCGGAGAUGUGAUCGAGCUAGACCUUCACUGCAGCUUUCUCCAUGGCCGGUUUCAUUCCAAUAGCAGUCUUCAAAACCUUCCUUUUCUAACCACUCUUGACCUUUCAUUUAAUGAUUUUUAUGGUCAAGUCCCGUCUUUGAUUGGAAACUUUCCUCAUCUCACCACCCUCAACCUUUCUACGAAUCAACUUUCGGGUCAGAUUCCAUCUUCUAUUGGAAAUCUUUCUCAUCUUAUAACUCUCCAACUUUCGGGAAACAAUCUCGUUGGUGAAAUCCCAUAUUCAAUUGGAAACCUUUCUCAACUCACCAUUCUCAGCCUUUCGGGUAACAAUCUCGUUGGUGAAAUCCCAUAUUCAAUUGGAAACCUUUCUCAACUCACCAUUCUCAGCCUUUGGGAAAACAAUCUCGUUGGUGAAAUCCCAUCUUCUUUUGGCAAUCUCAACAAGCUGACCAACUUUUUUGCAAGUAAAAAUGAUUUCAGUGGAACUAUCCCUUCUUCUCUCUUCACCAUUCCUUCUUUGACUAAAAUUAAUUUGAGGCAUAACCAACUCAACGGCACUCUUGAGUUUGGGAAUACAUCUUCACCGUGUAACCUACAAUAUUUUUCCCUUGGAAGCAACAACUUCAAAGGGCCAAUCCCAAGAUCCAUUUCCAAGUUAGUCAACCUAUUGUAUCUUGACCUUUUUCAUUUCGACACCCAAGGCCGCCCACUUGACUUUAGUAUCUUCUCUCCUCUCAAGUCACUCGAAAGGCUUUACCUAUCCUAUUUGAACACCACCACUACGAUGGACUUGUAUGAUAUCUUAUCAUAUUCCAAAAGCCUUUCUAACUUAGAUCUCUCAGGCAACCAUGUUUCAACAACAAACAAGAGUUCAGUUUCAAAUCCCCCUUCACAGGAGAUAUAUUCUUUGAACUUAUCAGGCUGCGGUAUCACCGAGUUUCCAGCAGAGCUCCUAAGAACCCAACAUGAAAUGACGUUUCUAGACAUCUCCAACAACAAAAUCGAAGGUCAAGUUCCUGCCUGGUUAUGGACUCUACCAAAGUUGGAGUAUGUGAAUCUUUCCAACAACACUUUCAUCGGUUUCCAAACAUCAAACAAGAAACAAGGACUAUCCUCUGUCCGGAAACCAUCUAUGGUUCACUUGCUUGGCGCCAACAACAUCUUCACGGGAAAUAUUCCUUCUUUCAUAUGCGAGUUGCAUUCUCUAAACAUUCUCGAUUUAUCUGAAAACAACUUUAACGGUUCAAUCCCUCCUUGUUUGGGAAAUCUCAAGAGUACUCUUUCAGAUCUAAACCUUCGGCAGAAUAAUCUAAGUGGAGGUCUUCCAAAGGAUAUAUUUGAAAGACUAAGGUCGUUUGACGUCGGUCAUAACCAACUUGUGGGAAAGCUUCCAAGAUCUUUCAUCCGUUUCUCUACUCUUGAGGUUUUGAACGUGGAAAGCAACAGAAUCAACGACACGUUUCCAUUCUGGUUGGGUUCUCUACAAAAGCUGCAAGUUCUUGUCCUUCGCUCCAAUGCAUUUUAUGGACCAAUACAUCAAGCCUCGUUCCCUCAGUUGCGAAUCAUCGACAUAUCACAUAAUCACUUCGAUGGAACUUUGCCAUCAGAUUACUUUUCGAAGUGGACUGCUAUGUCAUCACUUGGGACCGACGAAGAUCAGUCUAAUAAUCUAAGUGGAGGUCUUCCAAAGGAUAUAUUUGAAAGACUAAGGUCGUUUGACGUCGGUCAUAACCAACUUGUGGGAAAGCUUCCAAGAUCUUUCAUCCGUUUCUCUACUCUUGAGGUUUUGAACGUGGAAAGCAACAGAAUCAACGACACGUUUCCAUUCUGGUUGGGUUCUCUACAAAAGCUGCAAGUUCUUGUCCUUCGCUCCAAUGCAUUUUAUGGACCAAUACAUCAAGUCUCGUUCCCUCAGUUGCGAAUCAUCGACAUAUCACAUAACCACUUCGAUGGAACUUUGCCAUCAGAUUACUUUUCGAAGUGGACUGCUAUGUCAUCACUUGGGACCGACGACGAUCAGUCUUUCGAAAAGUACAUGGGAGAUGAAUUCCGCUAUUACUAUGAUUCAAUGCUUUUGAUGAAUAAAGGUGUAGAGAUGGAGCUAGUACGUAUCUUAAAAAUCUUAACAGCAAUCGACUUUUCUGGAAACAAAUUUGAAGGAGAGAUUCCAAAGUCCAUUGGUCUAAUGAAAGAGCUUUGUGUGCUCAACUUGUCAAACAAUGCAUUCACUGGCCGCAUCCCUUCAUCUAUGGGGAACCUGACAGCUCUCGAGUCCCUGGACGUUACCCAAAACAAGCUUUCAGGGGAAAUUCCACAAGAGCUAGGGAACCUCUCGUUCCUAGCGUACAUGAACUUCGCUCAUAACCAGCUUUCAGGUCUAGUUCCAGGGGGCACUCAGUUUCGGACGCAGCGUUGCUCUUCUUUCGAGGACAAUAUGGGACUUGUUGGCUCUUCUCUUAACGAAAUUUGUAAAGAUGCUCACACACCAGCCACACAAGUAUAUGAAACGUCGGAAUCGGAGGAAGAAGACGAAGAAGUGAUUAGUUGGAUAGCAGCUGCAAUAGGAUUCAUACCUGGCAUUUCCUUUGGAUUUACGAUUGGAUACAUAUUGCUUUCCUACAAACCAAAAUGGUUCACGAACCCUUUCGGCCCAAACAAUCGUAGAAGGAGAAGCACUCCAACUCACUAGAGAGAGUGCUUUCAGGGUGUCCAAGAUAACAACAAGAAUGAGGCAUGCGAGAGAGAGAUGAAGGUCACACUAUCCGCAUAUAUGAUUUGAU